GCGCCCGGGCACGGCCGGGUAGCGCCGGAGCUCGGGCCGGACCCGCCGCCGCAGCGCCGCUCCGAGCCGAGCGUGUGCGCCCGGAGCGCAGCACAAUAGCCGGGAGGAGGAGACAGGGAAAGGGGCAGGGGGAAAGGAGGAGAGAGAAAGAGAAAGCACAACACGGGGGCUGGCGAGGCAGGACGGAGCCGGAGGAGGACGGAGCGUGGCCGCGCCGAGGACCGUGCCUAGGACGGCGGCGGCAGGAGGUGGGUGGGGGGCGAUAUUUACCUUCCCUCCCCCGCCCCGAGCCUGCUCCUUUGUCCACCCACUUUGAAGUGCUCGGGGAUCGCCGCGGUGGGAGCAUUGUUGUUCGCCAGCAAGCGAUCAGUCAUGCCGGGGAGAGAGUAGCGGGGGGACGCGGGGCUGGGGCCGGCACAGGCUGAAGGAGACGGGGAGGAGAGAGGAUUGCGAGAGAGGAUCGCCGCUCGCCUCCCAGUGCCCCUGCAUGGACCGUGAAAGAGACGCGCUGAGUUGACCCCGCCGGAGCUGUUUCUGCUUCUACAUGUGAGAUCCGGUUGGUUUUUUCUCUCCACCUCUCUCUCUCCAGUCUCCUUCUCGUAUUCUCCAGUUACUCCCGUAUGCAAAAUGGUGGACCCUGUGGGGUUUGUGGAGGCUUGGAAAGCACAAUUUGCAGACUCUGAGCCUCCUAAAAUGGAGCUGAAAUCUGUGGGAGAUAUUGAACAGGAGCUGGAGAUGUGCAAAGCAUCUAUCCGGAGACUGGAGAUGGAGGUGAACAAGGAGAGGUUCCGCAUGAUUUACCUGCAGACUCUUCUGGCAAAGGAGAAAAAAAGCUAUGAUAGACAGAGAUGGGGUUUUAAACGUGUUUCUCAGUUGCCUGAAGGGGGUGCAGAGCAGCAGAUCCAGGACCUGCAUCAUCAUCAGUCUGCUGACCAAGACGAAUAUGAAAAAAGCAAGUCACACCACGGAGAGGAAAAGUUCAAACCCAGGAUCCCCUCUCUGCGGAAGCUGUCUACCCAGAGUGAUGGGUCAGACCUGUCCCCUUUGGACAGCCCCCAUCACGGAGAGGGAGAGCAGGACAGGUCUAAGUACUAUGGGGAGGAGAAACUGAAGAGAGUUGUAGAAGAUAUGGAGAAUCGCUGUGAUACAGAUGGCUCUCCUUCAAAACACAGGUCGGCUUCCACUCGUAGGCUGGCGGGAUCUGCUGAGAAGGAGGGAUCAUUUGAACCUAAGGAGAGAGGGAACAGCACCAGUGUGGCAGCCCUGAGGUCCAAUUUUGAGAGAAUGAAAAAGGUUAACUCUCAUUCUUCUGGAGAUAACAAGGAUGUUGUUGAAAAGCCCUUUUACGUGAACAUGGAGUAUCAUCAUGAGAAGGGUCUAGUAAAGGUCAACGACAAAGAUGUUUCUGAUAAAAUAAGCUCCCUUGGCAGCCAAGCCAUGCAAAUGGAACGCAAGAAGUCUUUGCACUCCCUCCCUUCCAACAUGGUACCCAGCUUCAGCGAGUUCCAGAGGCCUGCCUACAGGGGAAGGUCCUCGGAGAGCAGCUUUGGCUAUGAUGGAGAAUAUGAGGAUGCCGAACUGAACCCCAAGUUUCUCAAAGACAACCUGAUUAAUGCCAAUGGCAGCAACCGCUCACCUUGGCAGCCCAUGGACUUCCAGCCGUAUCAAAGUAUCUAUGUUGGUGGAAUGAUGGGGGAAGGAGAAGGAAAAGGACCUAUUCUGCGAAAUCAGGGCACAACUGACCAGGAGAAACAUCUCACAUGGCCCAGGAGAUCUUAUUCCCCCAGGAGUUUUGAAGACAUUGGAGGAGGAUAUACUCCUGACUGUAGCUCUAAUGAGAACCUUACUUCCAGUGAGGAAGACUUCUCCUCAGGACAGUCCAGCCAUGUCUCCCCCAGCCCCACCACUUACCGCAUGUACCGGGAUAAAAGCCGUUCUCCCUCCCAGAACUCUCAGCAGUCCUUUGACAGCAGCAGUCCCCCAACCCCCCAGUCUCAAAAACGGCACAGGCAGCAGCAGGUCAUUGUGUCUGAGGCUACUAUUGUGGGUGUACGAAAAACAGGACAGAUCUGGCCAAGUGACGGAGAUUUGCCCUCUGGGAGGUGUCACCAGGACAGCUGUUUCCAUGGGGAUACAG